AUGCCUUCAGCAGUGGAGCCUCAGGCUCCUGCUCUUUCGAAGUUGUCAACGACCGUGGCGACGGGUGGAAAUCCUUCGGGACGAGGAGUCCAACAAGCUGCCCAGGCGCCGAAGUGCUUCAUCGACGCACGCACAGACGACGGUAGCGAUGAGUGCAAGGCCCAGGGAAUCCAAGGAACGUCGACAAGGGAGAUAGUCGACGCAGACAACGAAGACCAGAGGGACGCAAUAAUCUCAAUUCUUGAAGAUUGGGCCGCUUGGGAACGAAAUUUAGAGGAAGGUGCCGACGUCGGCGAGACGAGGAAAGCCGACGAGGAAGCGGUGGUGACGGGGGUGUCAGGUAUCUCAGCAGCAUCGUUGGUCGACACUCACAACGACGCGAAAACAUCCUGCGUCUCGAAGCCCAUCGAUGACCCAGCUUCAGAAGCGCAUUCUGCUACGGGGCCACCGAGCAAACAAGGAUUGAGGGCGACAUUUGAGGCAGAAAAUACAAACAAACUACUGCUGUACACAUCUAGACGGGAACGGAGACGCGCUGAAAGACAUGACCCCAUCGCCAGGGCAAGGCGGGAGGCGUUGAAGGUGUGGGCCGCAGACCAGACAAGGAGGAGAAGUUCUGCCGAGGAGGGCAAGCUCAGUGAGCGCUUGAAGCAAACGGGGCGUGGUUCUUUCUCGGAUGAAAGGGCCACGGUAAGCGCCAGAAGCAGCAGAAGAAGUUCCACAGACGCUACGGUCGACCGAAACCGGAAGGGUGGAGGAGGUCUCUUGAAGAGCGAGUGGUUUCGCAGGAGGAAGCCACCCUAUCGCACUUCCGCGCCGCGCGAGAUAUCGACUCAGCGCCACGUCCGCAACAUCGCCGAGAUUCCACUUGGGACGCAGCGAUCCAGCCCGAUUGCCCCUGCCGCGGGGCCACUGCAAGAUGUUGCUAGGAAGUCGAGCCCCAGGUUUCCAUGGAGAGCAAACAUGAAAGAGCCCGAAAAACGCCCUAGACGGUCCGCUUUCGACCUUUUGCAGGAAGGAGAUGUCUCAACGGCACCAUCGACCCCUCGGGUUCCCACUACGGUUUUGUCGUCCCCUUCCUCGUCUUCUUCUUUGGUGGUCGCCGGGCGAGGGUCCGCGUGGGCGAGGUCUCCCAGCCGAGAAACGGCAGGGGGAAUCCUAGUCAAGCACUGUUUUUUCUACGGGUCGUCGGACAAGGCUACCCCGCGUCGGGCGGCGGCGGAGGCCGCAACAGCAAGCACGAGCUUCGAAUCCCAAUGGAUGCGCCAGUUUCGCAAGGAGGUGCAGAGGAACCCCAACUGGUGGCUCGGCUCGGAUCGUUUCGUCCAUGGCAGAACGUACGCCUCGCCCGCCGCCGAAAACGUUCCAGGAGGGGCAAAGGGGGCGAGUGGACGGUCAGCUAGGCCCCUUUUCCCGACGGCCCUGACACACAGGGGCGGCGGUGGUAUGGCCUCUCGAACAACAGACUUAUGGAACGAAGUGCGAUUGCUUCUUGCUGCUGGUAGACGGAGCGGGGAAAGGCAUGCCGGAGGCAGCAAGCGUGGACGCGAAGAUGACCACGAGGAAGGUGACCCGAAAGCCGCUCGAUUGGAUAUCCUGUCGUUCGGCGACCGCCUGCGAUACACCCCUUUGUCUCAGGGAGCCUGGCUCGUGGGCGAAGGAGCUACGGCUACCACUGCUACUACGACUUCUUCUGCUUCUACAGAGAAGUCCGUGAGGAAUGCGAUGCUGUCCGAAGAGGUUCACGUUGCUGUUGCUACCAGAGACAUGGUUGAUGUUGCUGCGGCCAGGGCAGAUGUCGAGGAAAGGCGGGACAGCAAGGCGGGACGACCAGAUGCACUCAAUCGAGUUCCAAGUAAGCCGGCAGCUGACGAAAGCGUAUCCCCAACAGGGAACGUGAGGGCGGAGGCGGGACACGACGACAGGAGCAAAGCGGUGAGAACAAGCGGCUGCCAUGACCUGCAGACCAUUCAUGCCGCCACCCUGGCCAAACUCCGGGGAGAAAUCGAUCCCUUUACUCGCGAGGAGCUCGUGCUGCGCGCAGCCGAAGAGGCAAGAGGCGCUCUUGCCAGGGACAGGGCACGCAACACAUCCCCCCGGCGUGCCUCCGCAGGAGUCUUCCGUCCUUCGCCCAAGGCACGAAAGCGAGAUUCUACUCUAGAAUCCAUCGACUACGAUACCGUAGAGGCCACCCUAUCGUUGAUCGAGCUUGCCACUCGCGCCGCAGGCCCGGACGCUGGAAAGCAGAUGCUGCAGGCUCUCGAGGAUCUGGACAAGAUUCACCAGCGGGUGUCGGAAGAGAAAGGUCCCACCGAAAACGAGCGCUGGAUCCUUGAUGGCAAGGCCGACGGAGAGACACUUCUGGGGGCGGAGAGUGGGUUGAAUGCUGAGAUUGGCGAUGCCGGAAGAUCAGACGCUACGCGUCCUAGGGCUCCAGGUGAUCCAACUGCUAAAAAAGAGGAUGUGCCCGUUGGGGGAGAACGUUCAAGGACAACCAAAGCGAGUGGGGAUCUCAGCGGACGCGACCAGGGGACCCACGCCGGAGGUUCCGUGCGAGCGGAAACGGAAGUGAACGCUUUGAACAGCAACGACCAUAAUCGGGGCGGGAAUCCUGAUGCAGGAGAUGUUCAAAGCAACACCGACGGCGAAUCGUUGCUUGAUGGGACAAAGGAAAGCGAGAUGCUGGUGGCUACCUCACCCGAGCGCGGGCGAAAAUUCUCUCUGGCUGUGAGUUCCUCUUCCGAAGAAUCAACAGGCUCGCAGGCAUCCUCCGUUGGAAUUUUGCAGUCGAUUGGGAACUGGCUGUGGUCAAACACACCUCCCUCCCGCUCCCGACAAAACAGUCAGUCUUCCGAUGCGGAAGACGCGAUCGGCGACGACAGCAAGGGGCAGGAGGAAGGUAGGGCCGAGUUUCCUUCUUCCUUCGAGAUGUCGGACACGGACGCAAGUGAUCUCCUCGAAAAGAGCCCCGGCGAGAUGGUGGAUUCGAGCGAGAAACACGACGAUACGACGCCGUCGGAACCCCUAGCUAGUGGCGGUGGCGCCAGUGUCCGACACAGCGGUGAAGCAACUGAAAGUGUGACGGUACCGGAACCCGCGACCGAACUUUCCGUGGACCGUGCGUAUAGGCAGGAUUGCCGAGAACCGCCACCCGAGCGAAGCGUUGGCUUCGUCAACGACAGGCAGGACGACGAAAAGGAGAUGCCCAACGGCGUGCAGCAUGGACACCAAGAAAAGGAUGAGGUCGAGGGGUCAGGAAUGGACGAGCGGGAAGCACGAGACGGACGGUCUCAAGCCCCAGCCAGACGAAGGGCUAGAAGGAGCAGCGAAGGUGAUAAGCCCACCGGCUUACCUCACCUCGCGGCAGAGAUGGCUCGGGUCGAGGAGUCAGUCUCAGCUAGGGAAAACUACGAUGGAGAUCCGGCCAGCAGCGUGCUGCAAGUGUCGCCUGAACCAAUCAGCCACGGGGAAUUCAAGGCUGGUACUACCCCCAACAAGGCUGCUCUGGCGGACGAGGAAAUUAACGCGGGGACGGCGUCUCACGAGACUGUAGGCGAGGGAAGGCCGAGAGAGAGACACGGCAGCGAAGGCGAAAAGGCAUGCGGGAGCUCCCCGCCGGCUUGCGUAGCACCACCCAAGACACCCACACCGUCUCAAACGGUACCCCAGACUACGCCCGCCGAAGACCCUUGGCGGGAUGACCCUCAGAUUACCAAGCCCAGAGCCGAAGGGGAGGGCAGUAAGGACGAGCUGCUUCAGCACCGCGAUUCGACCACGGACGGCGGAUCUGCACAGGUAGAAUCAGGAGGCGGUCGAGGUGAAGCAACGGGUGCUAGCGGGAAUUCACCGUCGUCGGUUUUGAUGCACCGCGAUAGCUGGGUAUCGGUGGGCACGAGGCCCCGGCGUGACCGCAACAACGCCGCGCCCGGACAAUCGCCACCGUGUGUUGAGGGAUGUACGGAUGCUCCGCCGACCACAAAAGUCUCCGCUGGACGCGUCGGUGUUACAUCCCAGGGAAUAACAAAGGAGGUCGGAGCCGGGAGUGAUGCCAUCGCCAACGAGAAGGGAAGAGCGCCCGGCAUCGUGCGGCGGUCUCCGCUGAUCGAUGCCCUGCACCCCGAAGUGGCGAGGCAACGGGAGUUCCAGGGGAAGCGACGGCAGGCACGCCGACGGGAUGCCUCUCUUCCGGCUUCGGAGAAGAUCGUUCAUCCUGCCGAUGUCGAAACCGGGACCACUGCUAGCACCAUCGCAGCUGCCGGACCUAGCGCAAGCACCACAGACGCGGAGAGAAGGGCCGCGGACGCACGCACUUCUCCAAUCGGCGCCCCAAACGCUGCCGCACGCGCUGCGAUUGGCAACGCAAAGUCCACGAAGAAGCCCCGCGAUGGUAUCACCGCCGCCGUCAUCGCCAGCAACUCAACCGAUACCACGGGAGCUUCACAGUCACGCCGCCGUCGCCCACGAUCUCUCUGGGCCGAAAAGGCGCACGAACCGGCUGCCCCGUUGCCGGUGUCCUCGUUCCGAACGCCUCCCUCACCGGCAGGGGAAACCUCACGAUUGACACUGGUUCCGGCCGCCUCUGGAGCUGCUUUGAGCGAGGGAGCGAGCAUAUCCCGUAACGUCGACAACGCCGACGACGAUGCCUCCAGAGCGGGAAGGCUGACACCAGAGCAGUCGGAUCGCGUGGAGGAAUGGCUGGCUCGGGCGGAGCGCUCCUUGGGACCCAAGGUGUGGACCUGCCUCGGGUCGGGCAGGGCUUUCCGCCGCACUUGUGGCCGCAUUAUCCGGUCUAUCAUCGUUCGAGGCGGCUGCAUCGGCCACGCGGGCGACCGUCGAGGUGGUAUGGAAAACUGUGAGUGUCCGCCAGGUGGGUCGGUCGAGCCGGCUCCGGGGGCACCGGGGAGGUCAAGAAGGACGGCGAGGGGAGGGAGGAAAGAAGGGCCGCACAAGCAGGCGCGAAAAGAUCGAGCGAUAGACAGGGACAGGGAGAAGGAAAAUGAUGGUGAGCGUGAAGGAGGAGGGGCGAGGGUGGACGGCCGUGGUUGGGACGAAGACUUGUCAGAGAGGACUGCACUUGUUACCGAGGCCGUGAUCUGGACGAUCGCCACGGAGAGGGAGCGAGAAGCUGCUUGCGCGGCCAUUGUCGAAGCACACAACGAAAACGAGAACGGCAACGAUGCCCGAGAACGAUGGGAUGAGGAAGGCAACGGAACAGAUCGACAGGCGACCGCGUGGGUUAAAGGAGGAGGCAGCCCUGGCCCACAAACGAUUGACAUCGUGCACGAUUCCUCAGCGGCGACCUCGGCGGCGACAACAGAGCUCCGAAUCUCGCUGUCAACAGCACGAAGAUUCAUCAAGAGAUCUCGCCUUACGGACGGGAUCCAUGUCAUAGAUGCGGACGUAGACCUAGCCUUCAAGCGAUGGGAAGAUGUCGAACGCUUGGCCGGACUUGAUCAACAGUGCUCGCCUACCGCCGCCGCAGCGUGUGGGGAGGAGGAUACGUCUGGGCGCGUCGUCAGUCGCGAGGUUGGAUCUGGGCUCGCCGAUGCUGCUGCUGUGCCCAUCCCGCAGAAGGUGUGCGAAGCGGUUGGCUGUUCGGACCCAGCUCGGUACGGAGACAUCGGUCCUAAGGCAAUGGCAAGGCUGUGUCGGAAACACAGGUACAGCGGGAUGGUGGACGUGGGCAGCCGAAGAUGCGAGCGGCCAGACUGUGGGCGGCUGGCGGUCGGUGCAAACGCGACGGCAAAGACUACCUCGUUGUGUACUCGUCACGCGCGAUCGGACCGAGUGGGAGUGGAAGGGAUGGCGUUUGUGCUCCUUAUCCUGUCCAAGGCACGCCACACCCGCCGCAGGGGAAACGCAGCGAAGACCUCCAGCGCUGCCGUCGGUGGGGAGAAUCAGGCAUCAUUGGCUCGCAACGAAGUAGUGGCUGCAGCAGCAAACUUGAGCGCCCUAAACGCUUCGGCUGUACGAAACGUCCUCCUGGCCAUGACCGAACAACCUCUCGCACCAUGCGCACCCACCGUGGGACGAGAGCUUCUGCCCGCGGCCGUACGGCAGGGCUCCGAAACUUACGGCCCUGGGACCAACACUGGUGGGCCUGUUACCCCCGCCGAGCUUUUACAUUGCCGUAUCGCCACGCCAAUGAAUUCGGUCAGCAAGCGCACUUCGCCUCGAUCGGCGGCAGUAGCUUCCGCACUGGACGCAAGAAGGGGAUCGCAGCACCAGCGGCACCGUAGUCGCGGGGCGACCAGCAACAGCUCAGGCGCUUCUGACGAGAGGGGGGACUGGGGGCCGAUACUAACGCCCGACGGCUUUCGAACGACUGUGCCGACGCGCAGACCCUCCGCCGCAGCGGCAGCAGCAGCAGCAGCAGCAGCAGCAGCAGCAGCAGCAGCAGCAGCAGCAGCAGCGUCAGCGUCUAGCCCGUCGGUUGCUCCCCUGUCCCGUUCGAUAGGCUCUGGAGCACAACUCGAGGAAAAUAGCGUGGUGGAGCCGGUUUCCAGAGGGCGAAAGCAGUCGCACGCGCCGAUGGGCGAAGAGGGCACGGGAGGUGGAGGGGACCCCUGUAGGCGGACGAGGAGCGGGGAGGGGCUACGGUCGUCGGGGCAUCACGCGACCGGGGCUUCGGACGAAGUGGCUGCGGGGGACGGAUACCAAGACGAAACGGAACUUCCUCUUAAUUGCCGAGUAGCACGGCGCCCUGAGAUGGGUAGCGCCGGUUUUCCAGGCGGAAGCGGGAUUGACCAUCGAGGUGGUGAUGAGGAUCAACACCGCGCGGAAGGGGUGCAGCAAAGCCGCGGCAGUGCUGGCCACGGGGCAAUGCCCGGAGAGAUGGCGCAGACGCUGGACGUAGAAGUUGAUUUUGGGGGCCGGGGCGGAGGAGGAAGGCGGAGCGGUGUCCACGAGGUAUGGACAGUAGGAGAGUGGCGUCGAAUCUAG